CCCCCAACUUCAUACCAUUCACCCUACAAACACCAGAUAACACCCUGAUUUACGAUGUCUGUACCUACCGAGUUCAAACUUAACAAUGGCAUGACCAUCCCUGCUGUGGGAUUAGGGACGUGGAAAGCACAACCUGGAGAAGUGAGGAAUGCCGUCGCUCAUGCUUUGAAAGCCGGAUACAGGCAUAUUGACUGUGCGGUCAUGUAUGGGAACCAAAAUGAAGUAGCUCAAGGUAUAGAAGAUAGUGGAGUGAAGCGAGAAGAUAUCUUCAUCACAUCCAAGCUCUGGUCCACCUAUCACGACAGGGUAGAAGAGGAUCUAGACAAGACCCUCAAACAACUCAACACAAGCUAUCUUGAUCUUUAUCUCAUCCAUUGGCCUGUCCGACUUGUUCCCGAUGACAAAGGCACUCCUAUCCCUCUCAAGGAAGAUGGUAGCCGAGCGACUGACUGGGACUGGGACCAAUCGAAAACUUGGGCUCAGAUGGAAGAUAUGCUCGCUAAAGGCAAAGUCAAGGCGAUCGGAGUGAGCAACUGCGGAAUCCCCAUCCUGGAACACUUGAAGAAAAGCUGGAAGACUGUUCCAGCCGUCAACCAGGUCGAGAUUCACCCUUACAACCCCUCGCACGAGCUAAAAGAAUGGUGUGACAAGGAAGGUAUCAUCCUUGAAGCCUACUCGCCUCUAGGAUCUACCGGGAGCCCGUUAGGCAAAGACGAGCAAGUCGCCAAGAUUGCAGAGAAGCACAACGUCGCUCCAGCUACAGUCUUGAUCUCGUACUGCGUCAACAAAGGAAUCGUCGUCUUGCCAAAGAGUGUCACACCUGCUCGUAUCGAGAGCAAUCUCCAGGUCAUCAAGCUUUCAGAUGACGAGCUUGCAGUCUUUGACAAGCUCGCAGCUCAGGGCAAGCAGAUGAGGAUCAACUCGCCUUCGUGGAUGUGCGACUUCGGCUUCUCAGACUGGUACGGACCAGGGAACAAGGACGCACCCGAAGGCGCGAGACUCAUUUCCAAAGCCUAAGCAUGCAGUUGCGAGAUCGAUGCAUUGAUGAUACAU